CCGCCCUGUAAGCACUGCUCAUGCCCUCCCCCCUCUCUGCUCACAUCGGCAGCGGUAGGCCAUGGUGGCCGCAGCAGACGUUCUCUCCAUGCUCCUCACACUGCUGAGCUCAGCUCUUCAGGGGAUUCCUCUUUGUCCAAACGAGUCCACCACAACAGACAUCUAUGUGACCACCUCAGGAAACCUCACCUUCUGUGAUUUACCCUGCAAGGCCGAGGGGGAUUACAACGUGGAUCAUAGAAGCUCGAUGGUAUUUACCUAUUUUUGCCAAAACCAGUCUCUUCAUGUCUAUGGUCGAUACAAGAUCAGGACCACCUUGGAUAAAACCUGCGGGUGUGUCACGGUCAGCAAAGCCAAGUGCGAGGAUGCCGGGACAUACUUUAUAUACUACAUUGAUAAAAACCAAAGGAAGACACCGUACAACACACAGGACUGCCAUGUCAUGGCUCCCAUCAGCAUCAAUAACAUAUCCAAGACUAUUCUGGGGGAGAACUCGUCCCUGACAGUCUUCUAUACUGGGGAUGAACCGGCCAUAGUGAUCUGGAGCAGGAUUGGAGGAGAACUCCCCGAGGACCACCUACUGACCAACCACAACAAGACCCUGAUCGUUCCGAGCACUGCUACUGGAGUAUACAGGGUGGUUGUCUCUAAUAGAGCCAGUAAAGACGUCCAGGAGUAUACCAUGCCAUCAAGAGGGCCUCAUCACACUAAAGUCGGAAUAAUCCUUGGCAUCAUCAUCCCUGGUCUAUUUGUAAUAGUAAUGGCUUUGGUAAUAUACAAAAAAUGCAAGAACAAGAAAGAAGGAAGACCAUAAAUAAAGUAUUCUGCUCCCGUUGUCGGGCAGUGAUUCAUCGCGGUUUACAUUUCUGUACGUUUUUUAUGAUGGUCGUCAGGCAAUCGCAUCUGUCCCUGCAUGCAGUAAUGCUUGCGAAAUGCUGCGUGCUGCUGUACUGAGCGCAGCCUCUCGUGUGCCCUUUCCUUUCUCCUAAUGCUAGGCCAUGAAGGACAAUUUUUUUUGCACAAUAUGUCUAUUAGGUACUGCGCCACUGCUCCCUGUAUACUUCCCCUACCUGUCGCUACUUCCUUGGUUUUCUUUUUCUUAGGGUCCAGCCUCCUGCACUUCCCUGUAUCCCGGACGGGACCAAUU